CUCUCUCUCUAGCUUUCUCUCUAUCUCUCUCUAAACAAAGCUCUCUCUCUUUGUUAUGGAAGAUGUUGAGUUCAUAAAUCCCUCUUCUCCUCCUCUCUCUUCCUCUUUCACCACAUCACUCCUUCAAAGAUUUCAGGGUGUGAUCUGUUGGGGAGUGAGUAUCAGUUCGGAGAGGCAUAGAUAUCAAGAUGGAUGUGAAGGGCAAGAGCAAGAUGCCUCCCAACGAUGAUGACAGCCCUAACCCCAAGAGAACUCGCCCUUCUUCUUCAUCUGGAGGAAGGAGAGAGGGUGGAGAAGAAGCAAUUAUUGAAGGAGGGGUUGAAAAGUUCAAGCUAGUUUUCUGCAACCAACCAGCCAACACUAUCUUCACCAACAAUUUAAUCAAAGCAGAAAAUGGUGAGGCUGUUAGGGUUGCAAUUUAUGAUGCAACAACCAAUGCCAUAAUCCGCACGGGUCCUCUGUCAUCGGCCCCGGUUGGGCUCGUACUUCUCGAUGGAGACUAUGAUGAAACUAAUCACACUUUGAGUGAAUUCAAUCGAAACAUUUUGUCCCCAAGACAUGAGAAGAGGCCUUUACUUGUUGGAAGUGAUAUCAAACUCAUUUUGGAGAAUGGCUUUGCUUCCAUCACGUGUGUGUCUAUCACCGACAACUCGAGUUGGAUGAAAUCCAAGAAGUUUCGUUUGGGAGCGAAGAUUUUCGAUGAAAACAUUCUAGCCAUGUUUCCAACCAUUGGGGUUGCGGUGUCCCAACCUUUCAGGGUCAUGGAUCAUCGUGGAGAAGUGAACAAGAAGCAUCAUCCUCCGAGCAGAGAAGAUGAAGUUUGGCGACUGGAAGGGAUAGGAAAAGAUGGUGCAUAUCACAAAAACUUAUCGUUACAUGGCAUCAAUACUGUGGAUGACUUUCUGCGAACCUACUACGCAAUAGGUUCUGACCCUCUGAAAAAGUUGCUUGGUAACAAAGUUCCAAGGAAAACAUGGAUGAUGAUGGUUGAAAACGCUUUGGAGUGUCAAAGACCCAUAAACGAGCCAUCCUCAGAGGCAUAUUUGUCGGCAAAUACUGUGAUGGGAGAUGAAGCUUUCAACGAAGGUUUUGACAUUCUUGAGCAAACUAAUUUGGAUUAUGAGUACGAGAGUUCACAAAUGUACUUCAACGAUGAUGACUUUGGAUAUGGGAUUGCUGGGUUUGAUGAUUUGUCAACCUUGUUUAACGGGGGAACUCCAGCGUCAUAUGAUGCAGCUGCAGCCACAGCUAUGCAAGCACUCACACCCAACACAAUCAACGACAUUUGACAAAGUGAGUAUCCAAACUCAAAUGAUUCAUACGAAUCACUAUCUUUUACCGUUCUAUGCAACAAUAUCUUAAGUCAGACUCUUUUCUUUAGAUUUGAUAUAAACUUCACCUUAUUCGACAUAUACCUCUCGUAUAUGUAAAAUGAUUUGUUUUAAUUAGUUGUCUGUUACUAUGCUACAUUUGCAUCAUUGAAUUUUGUCAACUACAAUUCAUGCAAUCAUUUUGGUUCAA